UCUCUAAACUUUUCCCUACACUCUCUUCCCUACUCUCGGUUUAUUUCCACUUUCUCUCCACCUUUCUCUCCUCCCCCCCACUGUGAAAACAACACCUUUUUUAUUUUUUCCGUAUUUCUCCUCGGUGAUGAAGUGGAUGCUACUGACCCUUGUGGGAAAAAAAGGAAACUUCCAGAGGGGAAAACUUACGGAAAGAUGCGCGAGCGACUGCAUCCCUCCCUCCAAAGUUUAGCUAAGGUGGCUAACGCUAGCUAGCCGCUCCCUUUCAUGUAAAAACAACCACUAAAACGCACACAAGGAGUGUCAAACUAACCGAGCUGACAUGUGAGUGAAGGUGUCUCAUGUGUGUUGCACUUUCAACACUUGUAUAGUUGUGUUUCUGUCUGUUUCGAGCCACUUUAUUGUGUUAUGCUAAUCAUAUUUAGCCACCAGGAGCUAUCAGGUUAACUUCUAAUGUAACGGUGGAUACCUAUGCUAGCUAGAAGUGAUACAUGGCAUGACGCCGGUAUUACUUCUUUAUAAACUGUCACCGCGAAACCGUGAAAACUAUGAGAACACUGGGGUAUUUUUAACGCUUUGGGACGCCUGUUCCACCUAACACUUGUUGGAUGAUACUCGGGGAUACAAGAAGGUAUGAAAAGCAAGGAAUGACCCAGGGAAGUGACAUCGGAUCCGGAUGUUCUUAGUGUAAAGUCCCCAGAGCUGUGGAAGCUGUGGACUGUCAAUAAACAACUCAGCCCUUUUGGCUGGGAACCACAUUUACCAGCCUGUAAGAGUGCAUUUAUUUGGACAUAGUUAACAUUUUUCUCGUUGUUUUGACCUCAAGGAAUUUAGUACCAGUCCUGCUUUUCUCCCACAAUCCCCUGCUUUGUCAUCUUGGGCACAUUCCAGCAUCUUCAUUCAGACCAGUUCUACAACUUGGAGCUUUCCUGCAUUAUUAUCAUCAUUAUCAUCUGCAUGUAGAGCAUCUUGGAUGAAGAGGAAAGCGCUGUAACAAUGAAAGUGACAGUGACUUUUGGGCAGACAGGUGUUGUGGUCCCCUGUAAGGAAGGCUGGACCGUCCGGGAUCUGAUCCAACAAGCCACGCAGAGAUACAGGAAACUCCUGGAACAGGAAGGAGACUUCCUGGUUCGGACUCACCAUGUUGAAUACUGUGACGGGGGGAUCCUGGACCCUGACGAUAUACUCAGUGAUCUGGUCGAAGACAGGGACAAGCUGAUGGCGGUGUAUGAGGAGCAGGAGGCCCAGCAGAGGGGCGUGGCUAACACAAGCCUCGCCCCUAGCCCUGACGUCUACCAAUCCGAGCUCUCCGCCUUCCAGCCAAUCGCAGGAGGAGAGAUUGAAGUCACCUCAUCAGCCCUGAAGUCAAACACCCCCCUGCUGGUACGGAGCAGCAGCGAUUCAGCCCUUGGCCCCCAGUCGACCGAGACCGAAUCCUCCCUCAACGACGAAACCGCUAUGAUGGCGGCCGGUCCUGCUGUGGAAAGGCCUGCGGGGGUGGAGCGACCCCACGGCAAACACACCAUCAAUGGCAGUCUGACCAGAACAGUGGAAAUCCUGGGAGAAGACAGUCCUUUAGGAAUCCACGUCGUACCCUACUGUUCAUCCCUCAGCGGACGGUCUCUGGGUCUGUACAUCCGGGGAGUGGAGGAGGAGAGUCGCUCCAGAAGGGAGGGAUUGUUCCAGGAGGAUGAGUGCAUCGUCAAGAUCAAUAACACUGACCUCAUGGACAAGACAUUCAGCCAAGCCCAGGAAGUGUUCCGUCAGGCCAUGCGUUCCCCUGUGGUCCGGCUGGAAGUGGUUCCGUCAUCCAGCAGAGACCGCUUCGAGAAGAGUCUGAUCGGUCAGUUGUUCAACAGCAGCGUCGGCUCAGACGGCAGCCCCCGGGUCAUCAGGACCAAAGAGCCCCCACCGCCUGUUAAAGCAAAACCCAUCUUUAAGCCCUCAGAGAAUCCUGCUCUGAGACUGGCAGAGGACUCGACCGGUCUGGAACCCCCUGUCAGUGCCCUGAAGGGACGGAGCGAGAGCCCUCUACUUAAGAAGAGUCCUGCCCUCUCUAACCUGGUGGCCAAUAAACGAGGAGGGCGGAGGCUGAGGAUUGACCUGAAGAAAGGUUCAGAAGGUCUUGGUUUUACCGUGGUAACCAGAGAUUCUUCAAUCCACGGUCCCGGGCCAAUUCUAGUUAAAAACAUCCUGCCACGUGGAGCUGCUGUCAAAGACGGACGCCUGCAGUCUGGAGACCGCAUACUAGAGGUGAACGGUGUGGACAUGACCGGUGUGGGCCAGGAGGAGUUGGUGUGUAUGCUUCGCAGCACUCGGCAGGGAGAGAGUGUGUGUCUGGUGGUUCUACGGCAGGAGGACAUGUUCCUGCCCAGAGAAAUGAAGGAAGAGGUGCCCCGUGGUCCUGGUUUUAUUUCGGAGAGUGGAAAAGAGCAGCUUAUGUUCGAGGUACCGCUCAAUGACACCGGUUCAGCCGGACUGGGGGUCAGCCUCAAGGGAAACAAGUCCAGGGAGACGGGAGAAGAUCUGGGAAUCUUCAUCAAAUCCAUCAUACACGGAGGAGCGGCUUAUAAGGAUGGGCGGCUUCGAAUCAAUGACCAGCUGGUGGCGGUGAACGGCGAAUCGCUGCUGGGACGCUCCAAUCAUGUGGCGAUGGAGACGCUGCGACGCUCGAUGUCUCAGGAGGGAAACGUACGAGGGACGAUCCAGCUGGUGGUCCUGAGAACUCUGACGGAACAUCGUGCCGUGUCUCCCAGUCGUUCCUUUGACAGCUCUUCAGGCCUGAUGAGUCCAGUCAAUGGUCAAACUAACGGCCCCGCCCACCCCUCCAUGGUCAACAACGCCAUCUAUGCAUCCAAUGUGACCAAUGGGAGUUACUCUCACAUGGACGAGGACGACGAGAGGGAGUUUUACGGACAUGAGACAGAGUUCAGCAGCUCCAUCCAACACUCCUACCUACAGGACAGCUUCAGAGAGAAACUGGAUCAGCCGGCACCUCCAGUCCAGAACCAGAACCAGCGUCAGUUCCAGCAUGUUAAAGCCUCCAAGAGCAUGGACCUGGGUACGACUCAGAACCCGCAGCACACUGUGGCGGAUGAGAGCAAUGUUGGAUCUUUGGUGGUUAACUCUGCAGCUCCGUCAACCCCAGUGGAACUCGGCCCAACCCUGGGUUUGAAGAAGUCCAGCUCGUUGGAGAGUCUCCAGACCGCCAUGUCGGAGGUUAACAGGAAAAACGAACUCCUGCCCUUCCAUCGACCACGGCCCAACAUGGUCAGAGGACGGGGCUGCAACGAAAGCUUCCGAGCAGCUAUUGAUAAAUCCUAUGAUGGACCACCAGAGGAUGAUGACGAUGAUGGUUCAGAGCCAAGUUCCGGUCGUGACACCCCUGCGAGCAGCUCAUCCCGUCAGGGAACAGGAGACCAACUGGAGGAGAAAAACAAAAAAGACAAGAAGAAGAAAGGGAAAACGAAGAAGAAAGACAAGAAGAAAGGAAAAGACAAGGAAAAAGAGAAGAAGAAAGUGGAGGAGCCUGAGGAGACGGAAAAGAAGAGUAAGAAGAUCGGCUUUGGCCUGUUGAGAUUCGGGAAGAAAAAAGAGGAGAAGAAGGAGGCGAAGGCGGCGCUGCAGCGACAGAAGUCGGAUAUUCUGAGUGAUCUGGAGCUGGAGAGGAUGAAGGAGGAGAGGGAAAGAAUCGAGUCGACCCAUCCUGAGUUGACCCGGCAGGGCGGCGGUGGCGGUGCUGCUUAUCCUGACGUAGAGGACGACGACAUGGACCCCAACUACGCCCGUAUUCAGUCCUUCAGGGACCGCAAUAUGGGCUCUGCUCCUCAGCCGCCGCCUCAGUCACCUCCCUACAGUCCAGUCCAACACCCCGCUGCCCGCCCCCCAUCCCCUCAGGGCCCCUCGGCGUUUUCGGGACACGCAAGCAACAGCAACGACCCCGGAGCCGCCCCCGAUGAUGACCACAUCGAUCAGCUGUACGCCAAGGUGAACAAACCGAGGGCAGGGGGGACGACGUCUCCGCCCACCGCUGCUCCAGCCAAUGACAGCAGCGUGGACAGAAUCCAGCAACUAAGACGAGAAUAUCAGCAGGCGAGGAGGGAGGGGAUGGUUCCGCCUUAUGAAGAACUGGACCCACGACGCAGGGCUCAUGAAAACGACGCACACAGGAUGCCGGCCAGGGGUCCAGACCAUCGAAUGGCUCCUCGUUAUGAGGAGGUGGAACGCCAGUACGCCUCCUUACCAAGACGAGGUCCUCCAGAUCCAUCCGAGUACCCCAUGCAGCCCUGGUCCGGUCACUACCCAGGACCCCCCCCAGCCUCACAGGGGUACCCCCAGUCCCCAUCUUACCCGAACCCCAGCCCCCAGUCGGGUCCGCCUUACUCCGGCUACAGCUCCAGUCAGCCGUACCCCAGAGCAGGAGACCCCCGAGGCAUGGAGCCCGGGUACUACCCCCACCCCAGUUCCCAACAGAGAGGCCCCCUCCGACAGGACGUGCCCCCGUCUCCGACCCCCCCACUUCGCGGACUACGGUACGAAACUAUGACCCGCGGAGCUGUGGGUGGAGGGGGCUACAGGCACCUGAUGGAUCCCAGUCCAAACCAGUACGUCUUCACCGUGGAUGGAGGAAGACAACGACAGCAACACCAAACCAACCCAGGGAUGAAGAGUCCCAUGACUGCAGCUGUGUAGACCAAGCAAAUCCACAGUAAAACAAAAAAAAAAAAAAAAAAAAAACUGCUUUUGGUACGCCGAUGAAACAGAG